AUGGAAUCCAAGGAUAUCUCCGCCACGACUAAGAUCCACAACCCGUAUGAUUUGAAUUAUCUGGAUGAGUACGAGACCGAAAUCGAUUGGCUUAACGAACUAUUGGCCAACAAAGAUGAUCUGAAUGAUGGCAGCCAACUCUCGCUCUCCAAUCUCGAGAACAAGCUAUCGAAAGUCCUCUCCGUACUCGAGCUCUCUAUCAGCGAUACGUCUACAUUGGUCGAUAAAUCGAUCGAGGAGAUUGUUCGAAGUGUGCCCCGCCUCAGUCUGGAUCUACAGUUGAUGAGGGAGAAUGCACUCCUACUCCGCUACUCUCUCAAAGCCAUACACGCUGAAUCUCUACCCUCAAAUGAAUCCCAACCACAAAACAUCCAGUCUGCCUUGGCCCCAUCAAAUGAUCCUACCCCAAAUCAAACCUCGUCGGACGAUACAGAUCAACUUCUGUCUCACCUGAGCACUCUGGAUUUGAUCAAGGAGAGGAUGGAGUCAGCUCGGACGGUUCUCAGAGAGGCAGAAGCUUGGUCAACCCUAGAAUCAGAAGUCACGGGGUACUUGACCGAUCCCAUUCCAUCCCAUCUCAAGGCCGCUGAAAGAUUAUCCGAGGCUGCAAAGUCGAUGGUCGUCUUCCAACACACUCCUGAAUACGAAGGCAGGCGAGGCCUAAUGCGAAGCCUUCAGAACGAGUUGGAGGCGAGUCUGAGCACCAACCUGGUCAAAGCUUUGAGUACCAAGGAUGUCAGACGCUGCAAAGAAUUCUACGAAAUCUUUAAAAUGAUAGAAAGAGAGGGAGAAUUCAAAAAUUAUUACUUCGGAAGUCGGCGUAGUGCGAUCUCUUCGCUAUGGUCUCAAACAAUGCUCGAACCUCCCAUCUUGACUACUCGAUCGGUCGGACCAUCAAUUCAAAACACUCAAGUCAAGUUGAGUGCGAAUUCACUUCCGAUGUUUCUAGCGAAACAAUUCUAUCCAGAACUGCUCCAACUCCUCCAAACCGAAUUAGACUUUCUACCGUUCAUUUUCACCAAUCCGAUCGAGGCUCUGACGGCAUUUUUAAAAUCAGUUCUUGACAAUCUCAAGCCUUCUAUUUCGACCCGCUUGAUCGAAAACGUUGAAUGUGCUCACGUCCUAGCAUCUUGGCCCAGUCUUGUUAGCUGUUGGAAUCUGACCGAGGAUGUCGGCUGGAAGCUAGAAAACUUGAUUGUUCAACUCGAAUCGAAGCUCAAGAAAGAUAGCGACUCGGCCAACUUCGCCAGUCCAGUAUUGCCAUUGGGCUCUGGAUCCUCCAAAGUGGAUCGAAGAACAUCCUUCAAGCGACCAAGCUCUCGAUCAAUAGGCUCAAGGAGUGGGACAGACUUGACACAUCAAGAAGUUUCACCUGCUGCGGCUAGUAAGGCAAUGUGCAUAAUUAAAGAUUGGGAAACUUCAUUGUACGAACCUUUUGUCGAUUUCCAAUCCAACUAUUUCGAGCGAGAAACCAACUUCCUGCGCGCAUCCCUCAAGAACAUUACUCUUGGUCUGUCGACCCAGCUAACCCUCGACGCAGCUACAACUGGACAGAAAUUGACGGUUGCCAUGAUUCAACAACUACCACAAGUCUUGGAAUCAAUGUUCGCUCUGGCAGAUAAGGCUUUGGAUCGUUGUGAAGCUUUCACGCAUGGCUAUGGCGUCUUGGGCUAUGCCGAGGCAGUCGAUUUGAUGCUCAGUGAACAUCUUGACAGCAACCGGCAGACCUUGAUAACCGAACGGGAAAGUCGGCAAAAGAGGAAGGAAACGAACGCGCGGCUUGAUGGAAGUAGGAGUUCCAGUAGAAGUAGAGCACCAGCAAGUUCAUCAUCUUAUCUGGACGAAUCAACUUCCCAAAUGCUCGAACUCGAGGGUCUUGAUUAUUCGUCUGAAGACUGGGAAGUUUUCCAGCUCGGUCUUAAGCUCCUGGCGACUUGCAAGACCGUCCACGAUAAAUUAUCUGAAUACGAGAAGAAGAUCCACACUCGAUUGGUCGAAAUCCUUGCGUCGCUUCGUAAUAAGAGUUCAGAUGAGAGUAUAGGGUUCAACGAGGAUCUCGAACCCGUCAAAAUCAAGCUCAGCAAAGGCGCGAAAGUGAUUUUGGAACAGUCGCUGCUGAACAGUAGUGAACUAUGGGAAUUUUAUGAAACCUUGCAAUCAUCGGCACGAGCGCCCAGCAGUUCUAAUCCCCUUGGCUCUCGAAGAGAAAAGAGUUUUUCACUCAGCAGCGGUGAUAACAUACGGCAAUCGAACCCGAACAUGAAGUCAAUGGCCACUCAAGUCCGUUCACUGUUUCACAAGACCAACUUAUCAGUUUCGAACCUGAUCAAAGAGUCGCAACAAGUUGUCCAAUCGAUAAUCUUAUUGCCCCUGCUGAAGCAAGUUGAAGAGUAUCCGCACCAGACGAUGUGGACGCAGAGCCCGACAGAGUUGCAGCGGCUCAAGCAGACCAACUCUAUCUCGACGAUUGACCUGAAGAUCCUGAAUCAGUUCUCGAAGAGCCCUACCGAAGCAAUUUCGAAGCUCGGUGAGGGGCUCUUUAACCUUCCCCGUCUGUUCGAGAUUUACACGACCGUCGACGAGGAUGCGCUGGCGUUCUCGCUCGAGACUUUACCUUUUGUCGACUUCUUCGAAGUGCUCUCCAACUGGCAAGCCUUCCACAAAUCCGCAUCCCAGAAAGAUGACGACGAACAGGCCUUAACCUCAGCAAAAAAUUGCGACAAAAAGCUCGGUAACCAUCUCAGCUCAGAAAUGGUCAUCUCGACCUGGCUCUCCUCUCUAACCCUUGCCGUCGUCAACCAAUUCUCCCACUCUAUCUCCAGUACUUUCCUCUUCAAUAAUCAGCACAAUACCUCUCACCCUAAAUCUGCACCUAAGCACAGACUCUCCUCCGAUGGCCUCGCUCAGUUGCUCGUCGAUCUCGAUUAUCUCCACAAUGUUGUCCGCGCACUCGAUGUUGAAGACGACGCCCUUGAUAAACUUAAAUCUGUCAUCCUCGGUUGA